CCGCGGACUUCGGACUCGCGCCGGCUGGGAGGUCAGGGCUCAGCUGAAGCCCGCAGCGUGCAGCGGCGCAAAGGGAGGCAUGUCGGCGCUGCUGGGACUCAGGCCCGAGGUGCAGGACACCUGCAUCUCGCUGGGGCUGAUGCUGUUGGUCGUGCUGUUCGUGGGGCUGGCCCGCGUGAUCGCCCGGCAGCAGCGGCACAGGCCCCUGGUCCACGCCUUCGUCCUGGAGUUUUUAGCCACCUUCCAGCUCUGCUGCUGCACCCAUGAGCUGCAACUGCUGAGCGAGCAGGACCCGGCGCACCCCACCUGGACGCUGACACUGAUCUACUUCUUCUCCUUGGUGCAUGGCCUGACCCUGGUGGGCACCGCCAGCAACCCGUGCGGCGUGAUGAUGCAGAUGAUGCUGGGGGGUAUGUCCCCCGAGAUGGGUGCCUUGAGGUUGUUGGCUCAGCUGAUGAGCGCCCUGUGCAGCAGGUACUGCAUCGGCGCCCUGUGGAGCCUGGGUCUGACCAAGUACCACUUCAACGAGAGGAGCUUAGCUUGCAAGAAUCCCAUCCACACCGACUUGCCCAAAGCGAUCAUCACAGAAGCCAUCUGCUCCUUUAUUUUCCACAGCGCCCUGCUGCAUUUCCAAGAGGUCCGAACCAAGCUUCGCAUCCACCUGCUGGCUGCGCUCAUCACCUUUUUGGCCUAUGCAGGGGGAAGUCUAACAGGAGCUCUGUUUAAUCCAGCUUUGGCACUUUCACUGCAUUUCAUGUGCUUUGAUGAUGCUUUCCAUCAGUUUUUUACAGUAUAUUGGCUGGCUCCAUCCUUAGGUAUAUUGUUGAUGAUUUUGAUGUUCACUUUUUUCCUUCCAUGGCUGCAUAACAACCAAACAAGUAAUAAAAAGGAGUAACUAUUCCAUGGACUCAAACUGAGUUACAGAUAGCCAAGCUGGAUGUGAUAAGGUUUUAUCACCCCAUUCAAAACACUGGCCACACUGGACUCAUCAGUGUUUGAACUUCUUUGAGGAAGCUAAGGUUUUAACCACUGGGACUUAAAAUUACUGUGAAAAUGAGGUAGCCUGUGUCUCUGUUAAUGCUUGUUCUAUGAGUAAUGUAUUAAGUGCUGCUAGAAAAGACUGAUUCAUUAAACCUCUGUAACUCUCAAAUGAUCAUAAAUGUUGAUGAUAAACAAGUGAAUACAAGGUUAAGUGGGAAAAGGAAAGUGAUGGUUGGACCAGAGAAAUUCGUAUCAGGAGUCCCUCUGAAUGAACAAGUUUAACACAGUUCAGCCCAUCUUGCUAAAGAAGGCAUUUUUCUACCACGUCCUCACACAGUGGCACUGUCAAUUGGAAAGUACCUUAUAUAGCCACUUAUCUGCAACAGGUUUCACAUUUAUUUACUUUGACACAGAAUCUCACAA